UAAUGUGCAAGUGAACGAUAAUGUUUAAAUAGAUAAUCGAUUCUAUAGUAAUGGAUUAUCAUAGCAAGAUAAGUAGUAGUGUCGGUGUUGAGGUUAUAAAAAAAAAAUAUUAAAACUUCGUGAAUCCCAUAUGAUAAUUAUAGCGAGCUAAAUAUAGUAUAAUUUCGUAAUACAACAAACUCCCGAUGUUUUACAUGAAUCAGUCGACGUUAACCGGGGAACGGGUGAUAAGGAUGUGAAUGUUGUGAUAAGUGAAUAAGCAUUAGUGAAGGAUAUACUUUGUAUGAAUUUGUUUAAACCAUUUUAUUCGGAUUUCCAGUGUUAGUGGAAUUAAUUAUGAUCAAUUAAAGCCAAAAUAUGAUGUCUACGAGGUAGCUGGUCGGCUCGCGCAGCAAUGCCGCUGCCGAAGCGUUGCGUAGAGCCGGUGCACGUGUCGCGAGGCACGGUACCCGAGCGGCUCGCGGUACCCUCCGAGCUAGAGGCUGUCACCAAUGGAACACUCGCCAACACUGUCCGACAGCUCUCUUCACUAUCGAAACAUGCAGAAGAUAUGUUCGGUGAGCUGACUCGUGAGGCCACAGGUUUGGCGGAAAGGACCAAUGUACUGCAAGCCCGGAUAGACAGGCUGGCCAUAAAGGUCACGCAGCUGGACUCUGGCGUUGAGGAAGUAUCUCUUCAAGAUAUCCAGAUGCGCAAAGCAUUCCGCUCUUCCCGGACGUUCCAACAGCAGCUGUUCUCACGGAGCACGAUGCCGUCGGCGAUGCUGGCGACGUACGCGCGGUGCGACCGCCCGCCGCCGCUCGAGCGGCUCAACGAGUUCCGGGACGACGGUCGCGACGCCAGGAAAUUCUACACGGAUCCUGAUUAUUUCUUCGAGCUGUGGCGUAGGGAGAUGCUGCAGGACACUGAGCGUAUACAGCACGGGAAGAAGGUGCGGCCGGCGCGAGGCGGCGCGGACGGGCGCGCGGGGCGGCGCGUGCGGGCGCCGCACUCGACGCGCGAGAAGCAGAAGGCGGCCGCCGUGACGCGCGGCGAGCACAUCAUGGCGCCCAGCCAGCUGCGCCACUACAACAUCGAGCCCGCGCCCGCGCCCGCGCCGCAGCCCGCCGCGCUCUACCGCGCCGACUCCCUCUACCAGCCAACCUCAGUUCCAGACGGAGGUUACAGGGUGUCACAGAAUCGUCAGUCAUCGAACCAGCCCGCGAGACCUAACUCGAUCGAGAUAGAGAAUCAGCAGAACAGACAACCUAGAAUCACAGGAAAUGGGCAUGUGUUCUCGCCGGUGAUGUCGGAGGAGAGCCCGUACGGGCCGGCGGAGCCGAUCUACGGCAACAGCGGCGCGGGCACGCCGCGGCGGCCGCGGCCGUCCGUGCCGCCGCCCGCGCCGCCCGCGCCCGCCGCGCCGCCCGCCGACGCGCCGCCCGCCCACACGCCCACCAGGUGCACGCUGCCGCCGCCGCCGCCGCCGCCGGACGGCGCGCCGCUGUCGCCGCCGCCGCUCGUGAACGGCGCCUCGCCGCCGCACCACCAGCACCGCUCCGCGCUCGACGCGCACCUCGACCACAUGCACGCCGUCAUCGGCAUGAUGUCGGAGGAGCCGGGCACGUGCUCGCCACCGCCGCCGCCGCCGGCGCCGCCCGCCCCGCCCGCGCCGCCCUCGCCGCCGGCGGCGGGCCCGGGCGCGGACGACCGCCCGCGGCCGCCGUCGCCCGGCGCGCUGGCUCGGGGCGCCUCGGCCCUGAAACCACCACGGCCGCCCGCCGAGCCGCAGCCCGACCCGCGCUCCGAUCUUCUCAAGGCUAUCCGCGACGGCAUAAAACUACGCAAGGUGGAGAAACGGUGCGACGAGAACACGGGGCGGUACGACACGCUGCGCAGCGCGCCGGCGCUGCACGACGUGGCGUCGAUCCUGGCGCGGCGCGUGGCCGUCGAGCUCAGCGACACCAGCUCCGGCGCAGACUCCGACUCCGACGACUCCGAGCAGUGGACCGAGAGCCGCGCGUGACGCCGCGCCGACCCGCCGCCCGCCUCCCAGCCGCCGCAGCCGCCCCACCCGCCCCAGCCGCCCCACCCGCCGCCGCCGCACGCCGACGCCCGCGGCGAGCCCGUCGCCAUCACCAUCAACCGCGCCAAGCUCGACGC